UCGCAGCUGCGCGUCCGCGGCGGCACUUUCGGCGCUGCUCCUGCGGCAGCGCGCCCGGCGGCGGGGAUGGCGCGGCCGGCCCGGAGGAACAAGAAAGUUGUUGAUUAUUCUCAGUUUGGGGAUUUGGAAGAUGAUGAUGAAGACUUUGCACCUUCAAGCAAAAAAUCCAGAACACAGCUCAAGGAAUCGAAGAAGGAGAAAAAAGAGAAGCCAAAAAAGCCCAAAGAAGUGACUCCAUCACAGACACUAAGUAAGAGGUUGUCCUUGGAUGACAAACUUUAUAAAAGAGAUUUGGAAGUUGCCUUAGCCUUAUCUGUCAAAGAAAAAUCUACAAAUCCCCAAGAGGUGCAAAAUUCAGAAGAACAAGGUAAGAAUAUUGAAUCAGAAAAUACACAGAGGAGACCUCCUUUUUCCAACUGCAGUGUAGACAGUGAACUUUUAGGUCUCAAUCAGGUUAUGAAUGAUGACACUCCUGAGGCUGACGGGAGGCAAAGGACAGCAGCAACCAAAGUUUCAGCACAUCAGAAGUCAGAGGUGGAUGACAAUGAUGACAGAGCCCAUGAUCCUGACUCUGUACCGACAUCACCUAUAGUUUCUCCUUCCUGGAUAACAGAGCACAGCUCUGAGCCGAGGCAGAAGGUGUCCAGUCCCUCAGGAGCAGCUGGGAGGCCUCUGUAUGCAUCAAGUCCUGUCACAGACAAAAAGCCUAAAUGGACACCACCAGCUCCAUCAGGAAGCAGCAAUGCCUCUGUGAAAUGUGUUCCUGUUAAGUCACCUACUCACUGCCUUAGACUUGGCCUUUCCAGACUGGCAAGAGUCAAACCUCUCCAUCCCAGUGCUACCAGCAGUUAAUUGGUCAGUGACAAAGUGCCACAUAGGAAAAGACUGUGGAAAGGGUUUUUCUGACAAACAGAGGGUGGGCAGCAUCCUGGAAUCACCCAUUUUGGAGGACUCUUGUUACAGAUGUGUCUGAUGUUAGGAUGAGUUUUUAUUCUGCGAAUUCCUAGGCAUCUUUAAGUGCUACUGAAUAAUAACAUGAUUUAAUCAAAGUGACAUCUGUGCCAACAGCUUUUUGAUGUGUUAUAUUCAGAGAUUCUGCUUUGUGAAUAUUUUAAUUCUUUAAUACCUGAACUCUUGGCAUUAACACAGUCUAGAUAGCACUAUGGCAGUAUGAAUGAU